CCCGCCGCCUCCGCCGAGCCGUCUCUUGGCCUUUGUGUCCCGGCCGAGCGCCCUCCCUGACGCCCCGCGCCCGGCACCCUGGAGCCGCACGGGAGCCGGCUGUCCGAGCUGCGUCCGGCGCGGCGACCCGGAGCCCCGAGCCCGCCGCGCCGCCGCGCCCCUCGCGUGCGCUCCCGCCCCGCGCUCUGAGGGCCCCGAGGGGAGCGCCACCGGCCUCGGCGCCCGCUGGAGCUGCUCGGCGCGCCCCGGAACUGCCUGCAGUCUCUCCCUUGUCUGCCCAGAGGAUUGGGGCUCCCGGCCCGCACCUUGUUCCUCCGACGCCAGGAGUGCGCGGAGCUGGGAGCGGCUUGGCCAUGGCCGUGAGGAGGGACUCCGUGUGGAAGUACUGCUGGGGAGUUUUGAUGGUUUUAUGCAGAACUGCGAUUUCCAGAUCGAUAGUUUUAGAGCCCAUCUAUUGGAAUUCCUCGAACUCCAAAUUUCUGCCUGGACAAGGACUGGUUCUAUACCCACAGAUAGGAGACAAAUUGGAUAUUAUUUGCCCCAAAGUGGACUCUAAAACUGUUGGCCAGUAUGAAUAUUAUAAAGUUUAUAUGGUGGAUAAAGACCAAGCAGACAGAUGCACUAUUAAGAAGGAAAAUACGCCUCUUCUCAACUGUGCCAGACCAGACCAAGAUGUAAAAUUCACUAUCAAGUUCCAAGAAUUCAGCCCUAACCUCUGGGGUCUAGAAUUUCAGAAGAACAGAGAUUAUUACAUUAUAUCUACAUCAAAUGGGUCUUUGGAGGGCCUGGAUAACCAGGAGGGAGGGGUGUGCCAGACAAGAGCCAUGAAGAUCCUCAUGAAAGUUGGACAAGAUGCGAGUUCCGCUGGGUCAACCAGGCAUAAUGAUCCAACAAGACGGCCAGAACUUGAAGCUGGUACAAAUGGAAGAAGUUCAACAACAAGUCCUUUUGUCAAACCAAAUCCAGGUUCCAGCACAGACGGCAACAGCGCCGGACAUUCUGGGAACAAUAUCCUGGGUUCCGAAGUGGCCUUAUUCGCAGGGAUUGCUUCAGGGUGCAUCAUCUUCAUCGUCAUCAUCAUCACGCUGGUGGUCCUGUUGCUCAAGUACCGGAGACGGCACCGCAAGCACUCGCCGCAGCACACGGCCACGCUGUCGCUCAGCACGCUGGCCACGCCCAAGCGCGGCGGCAACAACAACGGCUCGGAGCCCAGCGACAUCAUCAUCCCGCUGCGGACUGCGGACAGUGUCUUCUGCCCUCACUACGAGAAGGUCAGCGGGGACUACGGGCAUCCCGUGUACAUAGUCCAGGAGAUGCCACCGCAGAGCCCGGCGAACAUUUACUACAAGGUCUGAGCCUCGGCGGUGCCUUCGCUUUCCCGGAGGAAACUUACUGUCCCGCUGCCGCCCGCGGAGGGUCCGAGGCCCCCUGUGUCUGCGACGGACUGGCGCACAGCGGGGAGAGGGGACACUCCUUCUCGGGAGAGCCCUGUGGAGUCGGACAGCUUACUAGUCUGUAGCGUUUCGGCCACGGUGACGAAGGAUGCGCCCUGGCAGCUGGAAGACUCGCGUGGAAGAUGCGUGUGGGGACCGCGCGCGCCCCGCCCCUCUCCUCUUCUGGGUACCAGGGGCGUUCGGGCCUCCGCAGGAGCCGAGGGGAGACAGAGCGGUCGGUGGGCGGGAGCAUCCCGGGCAGGUGUCCCGGGUCCCCCAGGCUGCUGGGCCUGGAAAGGCCGUCCUCCGCCUCGGGCGUGGCCCUUCCCGCCGAGCUGCACCCCGGACUUGUCGCACAGACUCUGGCCGCGUGAGGCUCUCGGAGAGCGCUAGCUUUUAGUCCUCACUGUUGCACACACUCCUGUCAUCCAGGGCGCUGCAGGCCUUCACAUGAGAUUUCUUCUCAAACCACACUCCGUAUCACUAAUGAGACAUUAAUAACGUUUGGCGUCUCCUGCUUCAUCUGUUUGCAGCAGCUACCGCCGAAUGGGCGAUACAAGGAUAGAAAUUUUGUUUGCUAAUAAGGAGCCUUCCAGUCAGAUACUAGGCUGUCAGCCCGGGAAGGUGAGGAGUUCACGGGAGGGAGGGCCGGGGGAAAGGCCGUCUGCAAAGGCAGUUCAGCGCUGCCACCUCUGAGACAGAGUUGGGAGGGAAAACUCCAAUUAGAUAGCACAGCACUUUGGUUUUGCUAAGAUUUUAAGAGGCAAGUAGGAGACACAACGACACGCACGGUAGAUUAGGGUGCAUUUGAAGGAAUUCACUCUUAUCAAAGAGCAAUGCACAGGAAAAAAAGAAAAAGAAAUAGUCCCUCUACGCUGGGUGGAACAAAGGGGCAUUGUUGGUAGAGGGCCAGGCUUGGAGGGAUGGAUGGACACCGGCAGGACUCUCGUGGUACUGGCAAUAGGAUGUACAGCGGUGAAGCUGUAGGAAAGUCGUCGGUCUGCUUUGGGUGAUGUUUAAGGCAGACUCAGCUGCUAUACUUAUCACAUUUUAUUCAACACAGGGAGAGCAUUUAGGAGAUUAGCAGAGAGCCAAAUCUGACCUAGAAGUUUAAAAGCCAAAGGUCACACAGGCUGUAAUUCCAUCAUCAUCGACGUUAUUAAGGCAUUCUCAUAUAUAAAAGGUAGGUCAGACUCCCCGGCCCCCCCCAAUGCCCCUUCCCCGCCGCUCCCUUCCCCACUGCGCCUUAGGACACUUUGGUUUAUGGCGGUGCUGUCCUGGCCGCGAGGGCCAAGGGGUAGGUACUGAGCGAGGCCACAGCUCGGGGCCCUGUAUCAAGGUGAGGCACACAUGGCAAACCUCUUAGAGUCCCGAGGACCGAAAUAAAUUAUGAUGUCGAGGGGGAGAAGGAAGGUAGGAUGUAUUUAUAAUAGAUAUAUAGAACACAAGGGAUAUAAAGUGAAAGAUUUUUACUAAUAUAUAUUUUAAGAUUGCACACAAUCCACACCAGAAGAUGGGAAAUUCAUUUGUGGCGAUUAAGUGGUCCCAAUGCUCCGUGCUUUAAAAAAAAAAAAAUUGGACAGCUACUUCUGGGAAAAACAACAUCACUCCAAAAAUAACAAUAAUGGGAGCAAACACAAAAAUAACCCAGUCCUCUGAAGGCAUCUUGCGUCACCGUAGAUUAGGAAAUGCAAGCCCCAAAUACCAGGAAAUCGGUGUUACUGCAUCGUUUUCAACAAUGACAAGAUGUACCGGCAUUUAUUUUCUGUGCUGUGUUUUCCCUUGCCCUGUGGGCUGAAGUGUUCGCUAGAAUCCACCGGGUCACAUCGAGGGGGUUUCAGCUGAAAGUUCACCCUGACCCCCUUCCUUCCUCUCUCCGCCUCCCCUCACCCCCUCCCUUCUGGGAAAAGAAGUGAGUAAACAGGAAACCUACUUUUUAUGUGCUAUGCAAAAUAGACAUCUUUUAACAUAGUCCUGUUACUAUGGUAACACUUUGCUUUCUGAAUUGGG